AUGGCACAGCUCGUGGCCUUUGAUGCAGAGGUCCUGGACCGCGAAGCGACGACGCGCACCAUGGAGCAGCUGGUUCGGACGAUCGACGAGCUAUGUGGAGCAUGCUACGGCCCCCGCGGGCGCUGCAUCAUGCUCCAAGCCAACGAGCGCUGCGGCGACGCCAUCACGAUCACGUCCACUGCAGCGCGUAUUUUGGAGCGCUCCAACGUGGCCACGUCAUCGCCCGUCGCGACCUUGUACUGCCAGCUUCUCAUGAGCCACACGAAGCAGUUCAAGGACCACGGUCUUUUCGCAGCGCUCUUCUCGUCCACCUUGCUGCGCGAGGCCCUGGCGUCGCUCCGCGACAUUCCUCGACCCCAAAUCAUCCAAGGCAAAUACUGCAUAUGCCUUCUCUUCCCACCAUCAUCAUGCUGGUCGCAGCGCUUUCUUGGGGACCCGGCGCUUUGCAUGAGCCGUCGUGAGGUCGAGUGGAGCAACGUCGACGCCAUUGCGGCCGUGAUCGCCGGCGUCUUGCGCCCCAAGUCACAGGUCGCAGCGCUGAGCAGCGCGCUCGAGCACCACGUUCGCCUCGUGCUGGAGGCGUUCGUGCACGUGUUUCAAGACGCGAUCGACGAGCCGCACGAAGCUCGCCUUCUGCGCUUUCUCCGCCUCGACGACGUGAACCCGAAUGCGUCGCGAGUGCAUCUGAACACGCUGUUUCUGGCAUUGCCACCGUCGUGGCCAAUGCAGCCGCUUGCCGACGUCGUCGUCGCACUCUACAACAUCUCGCUUCAUGCGCCCGACGACCCGCUGGACGUGGCGCUUGUUGCGGAGAAUGCCAACGCCAUGGACGCGCUGAGAACCGAGGUCGACCGGGCGACGUGGCAGCGCCUCUCGACACACUUGGCGUCCCUGGGCGUCACGAUGGUGCUCUCGCAAAAGAAGAUCCCGCUGCCGCUCAUGCACCUCCUCGCCGAGCGUCGCAUACGGAGCGUCGAACGGCUCUCGAUCACGCACAUUGGCGCCGUGCAAGCACUCUCUGGUGCGGCGCUGCUCGGCGACUGGCACGGACGCGUGACCAGAGAGGACCUCGGGUACCUCGCGCAUGUCCGCGUCGACGGCGCCCGCCUUGUGCUCUCCAAUGACGGACGUGCCAUUCCAAACACUGUCGACGGGCCGUCGAUCCAGUCGCGGGCGCGGGCCGUCGUGACCUUUGGCUUGGCGUGCCCCGAUGCCCAUGCGUUCGACGAGCUCACGCAUGCGAUCCACGCGGCAAUGGAUACGCUCACCAAGCUGCUGCAUGCGCCGAUCGUGUAUGGUGGCGGCGGCCUCGUGGAGCUCGAGCUCGCCGAGCAUCUCAUGCGACGCGUCGAGGUCCGGCAGCUGCAGCGGGUGCUCAAGGCCUACAUCCGCAGCCUCCAGGCGCUCGUGGCCCGGAUCCUCUCGAGCGACGAGGACGACGACCGCAGCCACUCGCUCGCGAUGGAGGAGCUCCGCGUCGGCGAGCUCAUCGCGUACCACUGCGCGGCCUUCGUCGCGGGCGACCCGCGCGGUCGGCGCGAGUCGAUCGUCGUGCGCAUUCGCAGCGACACCAAGCACGAGUACCCGAUCAGCAUUGUGAGCAACGACAUUCUGACGCAGGACUCGAUGAUCAAGCGCGUUCAGGACGCGGACGGCAACGCGAUCGAGCGCCCGGAGGGCAUGUGGCGCAAGCUCUACACGUUUACGAUGUUUCCCGGGAAGCACCGCACGGCCCAGAACGCUAGUACGAUUCUCAAGGCGGCAAUGAAGAACGUCAUCAAGGACUCAUAUGCAGCGGUCUACGGCGAGAAGCCUGCAAAGGAAGCCAAGCGCGAGAAGCCCAAGAAGAACCAAGCGCCCGAGACACCCAACAUUAGCAAAGCGACGCCAGUCAAGCCCAAGAAGACCACCGAAGUGCUCUUUACGAUGGAUGACCUCAUUGCAUCCGGGCAGUCAAGCAGUCGCGUUCGAUCGUCCCAAGACAGCAGCCCUUGCCCACCCCGCCAGCUGCCUCGACCGCCGAUGAAGAAGCCCGAGCACAAGCCAGCGCUCGUGAACAUUGAUGACUCGCCGCCGGUCAAGACAAGCAGAAAGCGAGUCUCUGACGAGGCGCCGCCUGCCAAGAGAAAAUUCAACUCGUAUCUGGAGCCCGAGCCGGAAACGAUCCACGCCAACGACGACGGCUGGGAGAUUCCCAAGAAGAGAACGCAGGGCUCGUCAACGAGUGUGCUCGAAGUGAUUGGCAAAGCUCCUCGUCCUUUGGGCGCAAACCUGCGGCAGCUACCACCGUCGGGCGCAAGCAAGCGUACAUCGUCCACGUCGAUUUCGGAAACCUCGUUUUAUACCGCGUCGCCUGCCAAGCGCGUGGGUUCGAGUCCAGCGAAGACGAGUCCUAAGACGAAACAACUAUUCAACUUUGUCGAGAAGCAUGAGCAGGAAGAGGACGACGAGAAGGCGUCGAAAAGCCCAGUGACAAAGCACAAGUGGCUGCAGCGGCGAGGCCAGACGGCGAGUGCACGCGCUAAUGCCAAGCAAUCGACGAUGACAUCGCACUUCCAACCGCGGUCCUAG